AUGGAGGAUACUCAAUCGUUUCGCUUGACCAAAACCACGGAUACCAUGGAAAUCACUCUCAACCAUGUUGACGGACAGAACAUCAUUUAUUGGGAGGACAUUGAGAAAGCCUUUCCUGGAGUUAAGCGCGUUAGCAAUGGCCAUUCGGUCAUCAAGUUUCUUCGGGGUUCCGAUCAACAAGGCAUCCUGGACGUUGUCUUGUCUACCUCUGUCCAACCUGUUCUUGCCAACCCUGCUGAGUUUGACCCAGUUGGUGGUGAAACUAAUGCUCCAGUCGGUGCUCCAGUUAACAACAAAAUCGCUGUUGCUUUCAGGGCUACACCACCUAUACCAGAGACGCCCGUCAGAGACAUUGGCCUUCUCGACACACCAUCAAGUCCAUCGUCUACCACCGAUGCUGCUUCCAAGGCGACAGUGUUCCAGCAGAUUCGAUUUAUCUCCCUUUUGGCCCCUGAAGUCCAAGGAACAGUUAGAGCCUCGUCGGACAUCUACCAGGCGUUUUCCAAGGCUAUCAAGUACGGUAAUGGGGAGGUUAGUCGAAGAGAGCUUAGGCAAGAACUGGGUGGGCACUUUCAGAAGCUGGAGGUCAUGGUGGUCAAGAACUUCGACUUGCAGGAAGCAAUGCUUGCCAAGCAGGAAGAAGUGAAGCAGCUGCAGGAGCAAGUCCUCAGCAACCAAGAAGAGAUGAACCAGCUGCAGGAGCAAGUCCUUAGCAACCAAGAAGAGAUGAAGCAACUGCAGCAGCGAGCUCUUGAUCAGUUAGCCAUGCUCCAGUCCCGUGUGCAAGCCGUCCUAACUCAGACCUACGAACUCCACGAGUACCCGAUCCCUCGUCUUUUCGUUGUCCUUCCUCAAGACCCUUCAGGUUGGGAUGCCGUAAAUCCCUUCUCGAACAAGUUCCGUCUCUACUUUUUAUGCGAGUGCGGAGAACACACCAGGUCGAUCAACUGCAAGACCGAUAUCUCUCAUGAUAUCCACUUUGCUAAGCAUGAAGGCUACGAGAUCGUUCGACCUUCAGAGUUCUUUCAGCAAUACGGCCCCUAUGUACUCACUAUCCUCAAGAUGCUCAAGUUCGGUGUUUCGGUUGCUGGAGUGGCUGUACCAGCUAUCUCUCACCUGGUCAGAUCGGAUGCCAUCGAUCAAGCCACUGCCGGUCUACAACAGUUGAGGGACAAUAUUGAGCCUGGAAUGGAUCAUGUCCUAGACUGGAUGGACAAGGUCUCUGUGAAUGAAGGCGAGGCAGUUGACGAGUUUUCUAAGCAGAUGGAAAAGAAGGAGGCAUUGGAAGGCGCCGAUCUACGCAAGCUGGACACCUUUCUGAAGGACAAGGACGGCAAUAAGGUGUUGGGGAACCUGUACAGGACCGUUACGGACGAGGGACAUGUCAAAUGGGUUUGCAUUGACCACUACCGCAUGAACUAUCUAGAAAACUCGGCCAAGGAGUUCCUGCGCGUGCUAGAUUCCGUCGGAGGAUCGUUUAGUGAAAACGUUGGUAGGGUUGACGUGAGACUCCAGUCGAGAGCGUUGGCAGAGCAUUUCUUUUCGGCACUGGGAAAGGCGAGAUCUGUCUAUGAGCUCGACAUCGGCUUGGACUGGGCCUGCACUACAAGUGAUCUUGAAGCACUGGAGGAUGCGCUCAGGAAAUCAAGAGUAUCAAUCUUCGACUGGAUCUUCAACAAUUUCGGACGAGCGUCGUCAGGAAACUACUAUCGACAUCCACACCAUAUGACGUCAUUUUCCGCAUCAGAGAUCUUCCUAAUAUGA